AUGCACACUCGAGUUCAACCGUACUUCGAUGAUCAUCAACAAGUGUAUGAUAUACCUGAUAUGACUGAAGAAGGUGAUGAAAGACAUGAAAAGCUGAGAGAAAAUGUUGAAACCAUUGAGAAAAGGCUGAGAGCAAUGGAAGGUGAUCAGAUCUUUGGUGCUGUUGCCAGAGAAAUGUGCCUUGUAUCUGGAUUGGUGAUCCCCGCAAAAUUCAAGACACCCAACCUUAAUCAAUAUGAAGGAGAUACUUGUCCCAAAAGUCAUCUUAUCAUGUAUUAUAGAAAGAUGGCAGCUCACGUGGACAAUGACAAACUCAUGAUCCACUGUUUCCAAGACAGUUUGAAAGGUGCCUCUUCGAAAUGGUACUUGACCCUUGAUCAGACUCGCAUCCGUUAUUUCCAAGAUUUAUCUGAUGCUUUCAUCAAACAAUACAAGUACAACAUGGAUCUAGCUCCCGAUAGAAGGCAAUUGUUGAGCAUGUCCCAAAAGUAUUCUGAAUCCUUUAAAGAAUAUGCACAAAGGUGGAGAGAGACUGCAUCUCAAGUGGAACCUCCAUUAACUGAAAAAGAAUUGGCAGAUUGGUUCGUCGACACAGUGCGACCAGAAUUUUUUGAAAGGAUGGUGGGAAGCGUGACUGCAAGUUUUUCUGACUUGGUGGCUGUGGGUAUCAAAGUGGAACUUGGCUUAAAAAUGGCAAGAUGA